AUGGACUAUUGCAUAAGAGAACUAGAAGGAAAACAAGCUCAUGAUCCUUUAUUCAUGAACAAGAUGAACAACGAUAAAUCAUCAUUGUUGUUGUCGUCGCCGUCGACAGAUUCUCGUCGUCGCGUGUUUGUUAAUGGACCUGUGAUUGUAGGAGCAGGACCAUCAGGUUUAGCAGCCGCAGCAUGUCUCAAACAAAAAAACAUUCCAUCCAUAAUUCUCGAAAGAUCCAACUGCAUAGCUUCAUUAUGGCAACUCAAAACCUACGACCGACUUCGUCUUCAUCUUCCAAAACAAUUCUGCGAGUUACCUUUCGUCGAAUUUCCAUCCAAUUUCCCAACCUACCCUUCCAAACAACAGUUCAUAAAAUACCUGGAGAAUUACGCCGAAAGGUUUCAUAUUCGCCCGAAAUUCAAUGAGACUGUGAAAAAUGCCGAAUUCGAUACUAAAAUAGGUUGCUGGAGGUUGAAGAGUCAUAGUAAUAGUAGUAAAGGCGAAGUUACAGCGACGGAGUAUGUUUGCCGGUGGUUGAUAGUUGCGACCGGAGAAAAUGCAGAGGCUGUUGUGCCAAAUAUUGAAGGCGCAGAUGAGUUUGAAGGAGUUAUAAGACAUACAAGUUUGUAUAAAAGUGGAGAAGAGUUUAGAGGGAAGAGAGUUUUGGUUGUUGGUUGUGGAAAUUCUGGCAUGGAAGUUUGUUUGGAUCUUUGUAACCAUCAUGCUACUCCUUCUCUUGUUGUUAGAGAUUCAGUACACGUUCUACCACGAGAGAUGCUAGGAAAAUCAACUUUUGGGUUGUCCAUGUGGUUACUAAAGUGGUUUCCAUUGAGACUUGUCGAUCGAUUCUUGCUCAUUCUGUCAUGGCUUUUGCUUGGUGACACCUCUCAACUUGGCUUGGAUCGUCCUACUUUGGGACCCCUUCAACUCAAAAACCUCACGGGAAAAACUCCUGUCCUAGAUGUGGGUACCCUUGCCAAGAUUAAAGCUGGACACAUUAAGGUAAGGCCAAGCAUAAAGAAGUUAAAACAUCAUGCAGUGGAAUUUGUAGAUGGAAGAUCAGAGAAUUUUGAUGGCAUCAUAUUGGCAACUGGUUACAAAAGCAAUGUACCUUAUUGGCUCAAGGAAGAGGAUAUGUUUUCUAUGAAAGAUGGAUUUCCUAUGAAGCCAUUUCCCAAUGGAUGGAAAGGUAAAAAUGGACUCUAUGCAGUAGGUUUUACAAAAAGAGGACUAUUAGGUGCAUCAAUGGAUGCAAAAAGAAUAGCUCAUGACAUUGAACAAUGUUUAAAAGCUGAGGCAAAACAUGGAUCAUAA